UAUCGCACGUUCGAGAUGAACUCUUUCGUAUUCCUAUGUACCGCGUUCUUGAACGUCGGUAUAAACGCGUGUACUCGUGUUGUUCUACUAGUGCUAAGUGCGAGCGUGUACCAAGGGUUUGUGGUGGUUGAGGUGUUCCUGAAUAGCUACAAUUUGGUGUAUCCUCCAUACUUGGCGAAGCCUAUAACGAAGGGACAGUAUUAUGUGUCGAGCGUUGUCGGUGGUGCAGUGACCGUAGUUGCUACAAAGACCAUCAUGCUAAACGGCUUCAUGCGAUGGCUGCUCCGGUUCCUAGUGUCCCUGAUAGCGAUCGGGGUGCGCCCGCUCACAUACUUACUGACCGUGCGGCGCACGCGCAAAGUCCCGCCACCCGCCAACCCCACGCUCUUCAAGUCUGCCACUACGCUCACCAGGAUGAUCAGGAACAAACAGAUCACAUCAGAAGAAGUGGUGGCAGCCUACAUAGAGAGAUGCAAAGAGGCGAAUCCGUACCUCAACGCGAUAGUGGAGCCGAGAUACGAGCAGGCGCUCAGAGAAGCAAGGAGCAUAGACAAAAUGAUAGCGUCGACUGACAGGACACCUGAGGAGCUUGGCAAGGAGUAUCCGUUGCUGGGUGUGCCUAUGACGGUCAAGGAGAGCAUUGCUGUUGAAGGGAUGAGCAACGACAGCGGCACCGUCCGUCCGAGCCGAGUGCCGGCCACCAAAGACGCGGCCAUCAUCAGCCUAGCGCGCGCCGCGGGUGCCAUCCCUAUCGCUGUUACUAACACGCCACAGCUUUGCAUGAAUUGGGAGACGUACAAUAAUGUUACUGGGCUGACGAUGAACCCUUACGAUCAGAAGAGGACCACUGGAGGAUCGUCGGGUGGAGAGGCAGCGUUGAUCUCAUCGGCAGCGUCCAUCGUCGGCGUCGGCUCCGACAUCGCUGGCUCGCUGCGGCUGCCACCCAUGUUCUGUGGCAUCUUCGGACACAAGCCUACUCCAAAAUUAUUAUCCAUUGAAGGCCACAUUCCAGACUGCCUGGACUCAGAAUUUGAAGAAUAUUUUGCAUUGGGACCGUUAUGUCGGUACGCAGAAGAUCUAACGUUACUUUUGAAAGUUUUGAGGCAACCUGGCGCGCCUGAUGUGCCUUUGGACAAACCUGUGGACGUGUCCAAGCUGAAGUUUUAUUACAUGGAAGGUGACAACAGUAACGUAACUGAUAAAAUCGGAGCGGAUGUCAAGAAAGCGAUGGACAAAGCCAAAGCACAUAUCAAAAAUACUUUCAAUAUUGAAGUCAAAGAGCUCAAGAUCAAAAACAUCGAACACAUUUGGGAGAUCAGUAUUCGGGUUCUAAUGAACAUUCGGCACGUUCGCAACAUCUACACUGAUCCAGAGAAACGAGACCAGUGGGUGUCGGUCUGGCCUGAAGUUCUAAAGAAAAUGGUCGGUCUGUCAGACCAUAACUUCACUUGUGUAGCUUAUGGACCGCUGCAGAAGUUUUUCGACUCGUUGCCAAAGAGCUAUUAUGCGAAAUUGUUGAGAAUAUUUGAAGAGAUGAAGCAAGAUUUUGAGAAAGCGCUUGGAGAUGACGCCGUAUUAAUAUACCCAGGUUACCCCUACCCGGCCCAUCUCCACUACCGGGUAUACUACAAGUUCCUCAACUGCGGGUACCUGACCAUCUUCAAUGCUCUAGGUCUACCUGUCACCGCCUGCCCCAUGGGUCUGACAGACAAAGGUCUACCAGUGGGUCUACAACUUGUGUCCAAUAAGUGCCACGAUCAUUUGACGAUAGCUGUCGCUAAGGAGUUUGAGAAAGCCUUUGGAGGCUGGGUACCGCCUAAUAGAGAACCCGUCAGUGUCUAAGUUUAACUUAAAUGUAUGAUGAGAUUACCAAUGUAUGUUUAUUAUGAGAGCGACUUUGCCGACUCUGCAGUUGCUGGCUGCCCAUAACAUGAUUCACGAUUUGCGGAUUUUUUUGGGAAGUACUUACUGUGAAAAUAUAUCAUACAAAUGAGUAGGUUCAAUGAAGUAGGAACUUAUAUCUUGUAUCGUCAAAAUCUCACACAGUAUUGCUUAUUAAGUAUUUAUCUGGUUGCUAGAAAUAAAAGUAUGAGUUGAUUUUGAUGAGUUGAAGAUAUAUGAGUGGCACUAUAACUUAAGAGUUAUUUCUUCCUUUGUUCUAUUUAUUCGAUAUCUUAUAUAUUCUUAAAUCUAUCAAAAAGAAAUCGCCACUGUUGAUUUGAAAAACAUUUGUAUAGGUACAGGCAUGAUGUAUAAUACAAAAGCAGUUCUUUAUACAAGUGAGUACUAAGUAUAUUAGUAUAUCUAGUAUGUAAUUGAUUUUAAAUUGUAUUAUGUAAUAAUAGCUAUUAAGCAUAGGUUGUAUAGGUAAGUCUUCUUUUUAUAGGUCUCUACUGUGAUAAUGUCAUUACAAUAAUAUAUUUGAAAGUAAAAUGUUAAUAUUAUGACAUUUGUGGUAGACGCACAAAUAUGUGAACGAAUUUGAUUUAUUGAUAAGAACGGAUAUACAAAAAAAUAUUAUAUUUUUUACUCUUUCACAUACAUUUUACUUAUUGCAAUGUUUUUGGAAUAAACUUUGUAAAUUA